AUGACUUUUAACACAAGAUAUUAUCAAAAUGUAGUGACAGUUACCUUCAAAGGUCUGGAGAUGAAUUUGCAGAAGAUCCUUACUCUCUUCACUUCCAUUGACCUUUCAGGCAAUCAUCUUGUUGGAUCAAAACCCGAGGAAACUGAACAACUCCGAGCACUCUAUGUGCUCAACUUGUCUGGCAAUGCACUCACUGGCAGAAUCCCAUCAUCUAUUGGGAAUUUGGAACAACUGGAGUCUUUAGACCUCUCAAAUAACAAACUCAACGGAUCAAUCCCGUCAACCCUUGUAAGCCUUAGCUGCCUUUCAUUCUUGAACCUCUCAUACAAUGAUCUGAGUGGACUAAUUCCAUCCGACAAUCAAAUUCAAACAUUUCCACCAGAAUCUUUUGUUGGAAAUAAAGGAUUGUGGGUAUUUCCUUUAACAGGAAAUUACACGAAAAGAGUGUUUUCGCAAAACACAACAAAAGAGAAUGAUUCAAAAUCUGAAAAUGGGAUUGAUUGGAAUUUCAUAAGUGUUGAAAUUGGAUUCAUUGUUGGCUUCAGAGUUGUGAUUGUACCACUUGUAUAUUGCAAGAGAUGGAACAAAAGGUAUUUUGACCGCAUUGAUGAUGCUAGUAUGAGGCUCUUUCCUCAGCUCUAUCAAACCAGUUUCAACAAGAGCAAGAGAAGAAGAAGACACCCAUGA